AGAGCGAUUUUCAGCCGCAGAGAGAGGCCAGCAGGGCGGACACCCCCUUCCGCUCUAACCUGAAUCCUGUGGAGAGUGUGUUGUACAGAGUGUGUGCGUAGGAGAGAGCCGGUGGGAGCGAACGAGCCAGCGUGUGUGAACACUCUCACAUGGCCUCGAUGCAGGACGGGGUGAACUUCACUGCUCCCCCCUACGGCAAGGUGUUGCUGCUCGGGGCCAUCGCCGCUGCCUCGGCUUUCGUCGUCACCAUCCUCAUCGUUGUGCUGUGUGUGGGCUGCCAGAGGAAGGGGAAGAGUCACAAUGGUUCUGGUGAAGAGAGAAAGCACAGACUCAUGGACAUGAGUAUAUUGCGGCAGUCCAAGCUGCGCUCCAUCAAAUCUUCUAAGAAGAACCGUCCUGCCAGCAUGGACCUACUCCUGCUGCCUAGCCGCCGCUCCAACUCAGACCUUCGCUCGCAGGGCCGCCAACUGCCCCAGAUCCCGUCUGGUGAAGACGGGGAGCACACGUACGCAGAGGUGGGCCGCCGCACCUCCCCCACCCGCUGUCCCGAAGACUCUUUGAGGGGUAGAGCAGGGGAGACAGACACGCCUGCCCCCCCUGCCGUGCCCGCCAACACCCCGGCCCCACCUGACCCAGAUAGUGACGGCCUAGAGGGCGCCAUUCCAGAACCAGAGACCCUCCCCCAGGUGGUGAACCCGCCCCCACAGCCCCAGGAGACGGCCGAGUACGCAUGCAUCAGGAAAGUCCGCAAAGUGGACAAAGCGGCCCAGAAGAGGGACAACGGGACGGAGACGGAGGAGGGCCUUGGGCAACAGCGGCACAGCAGCGGAGAGCUCAGACAUGCUCCGCCCACUCAUCCAGCCCCGCCCCCACCACACCCACACAGCCAGAAAAUCCCACGCAAGAACAUGGAUGCCUUUAACCUGCCAUCCUUUCCUAAGGAGGCAGUGUUUAUUGGAAACGGAGAGGAGUACAUAUGGAAGCCUCCAGAAGAUGAUGACAUCAUGUUCCAGCACAAGCACAUAGGCCCUCUGAGUCCUCACAUGGGAGACAGCAUGGCAGCAUCUGCAGCUGGGAUCUCAGAAAUGUAUUCAAAAGUGUGCAAACCGGGUAAGAAGAAGAGAGGCAUGCCCGGCUCCCCCACGGCCCCAAGAGACAUCAGUGGGUAUCGGACCUUGGCUCGCGGUGACCGUGGGGAGCGUGAUGGGGGCUUUAAUGUGGUGGUCAAGCCACAGACAUGGGCGCCGCAGGAGGGCAAAAGCUCAAGAGCGCCCCCUGGUUCCAUGGAGGACCACUGCUACGAGGCCAUCAGCACGGAGGAGAGCGAGCUGGCCUACGAUGCCAUGGAGGGUGGGGGAGGCUGGAAGAGGGACAGGCCACCACCCAACGCCAGCGCCACCCUGCGGCCCAAGAAAAAGAAGCCCCAGCAGCCCUUGCAGCAACCGCCGCCCCCUCCUCCACCCCCCCAGCAGACGCCCAAGCUGCAGCACUUGCCGGCCAAAGCCCUGCUGCUGCCCGGGGAGAAUCUAUACGAUAGUAUUCCUGACCUAAAACAGGGCUCAGCCACCUCCAGCACCACCACCAUCUUCACGUUUAAUGACGGAAUGGAAAUGUACGUCACCGGCCUGUAGGGGGGGGCUAAGUGAUCUUUAAAUGCGUCAGCACUUCCCCUGCUGGAGCCGGGCAGGGGAAAAAGAUGUGACCGCUUGGACUUAAAGGGGUUUUCCUCUUGCACUCAUUCACACAUCUUGUUUACAUUUCAGUUCCCAAGUAGCCCCACUCAUUGCCUUACUGAAGCAGUCUGGGAAGGGGACUUUUCUUAUGGAAGAUAAUGGGCUCAAGUCUUGAAAGGAAAAGCUGUUGUGUUGUACAUCACCUGGUAUACAUGCAUUGCACUACCACUGUAUAUCUAACAUGAAGUACCAGUAUGUAUUGUCUGUUGAUUGAGUUUUGAAAGCUUGGUGGAAAAACAAUGAUAAAUCCGUAGGGAAAAUACCUAAGUAGCUCAGUUAUUUCAAUCAGCUACAUGUCGUUGCUAAGAAAAGCAACAGAAUCAUUCACCAAUCACCAACUCCAGCAUAUCACUUUAACAUAUAUCGCACAGGCAACUGUAUUAGACGGGGGAUUCCCAGUUAGGAAUUCUUGUUUUUGGCUGCACACUCACUUGCCCAUUAGUUUUCAUUUGGGUGACCAUCGGAAUUGCGGGUCAAACUUUAAUGUAACCUCUAGAAAUUUCCAAAGGAGAGAGGAAGAAAUGAGCACAACUCUGGUAAGAGGAGUCAUGUCUAAAAAGGCACAGAGCAUUUGUACUGAAACAGCAGAGUAUACCCACAGAGAAAAACGAUGAAGUAAGAAACGCCCUUAUUUUGGUGACGAUGCAUUUGCAGAAGAUAAGCUGUAAAGUAAGUCUAACCGGGAGAGCUGUCGUCAAACCUUUUAUCGUCGAUUGACAAUGAACAAAAGCCUUUAUCUAAAUUGUUUAUAGGGAACCUGAUCCAGUUUUAGAGUACAGCUUUAUCCUAAAGCUUUAGAAAAAUAUGUGGCACUAUUUUUGUAAUGAUAAAGCCUCUAUUUCUGUAAAGAAAUUAUAUGGGGAGAUAUUAAAGUGGAUAUAAAAGGAGUAUCCUCAUUCAUUGAAUUACACAAGUGCAGUAUUAUAUCGCUAUAAAAAUGAUGCCCUAUUUUAUUCAGAAGCACAGAAGCAUAUACUGCGAAUUUACACUUUUAGCACUUAAUCCGUUAUAGACCCCUUGUGUGACGGAAAGGUGAUUUGAAUUGUGAACUAAAAAGUAAUUAUAUGAUAAUUACAGUAGCAAUUACAGAGAGACCAUUAAGAGAAUUAGCAGAAGCUCAGGGACAGUGAAAAAUUGAAAGGUAAUUGAAUUAGUACAUGUACUGUUGAAACUAAAGUGUUCGGCGUUGGACCCUGAUGUGCCCAUUCAAAAUGGGGUGUUAUUUUGUGUUUUCAUGGUCUUUCCUUUUUUCAUUUUUAAGCUCAUAACAUGAACACCAAACUGGCUGUGUAUGAGUCACCACUGCCAUAUAGUACAGUACAGUAAGUGUUUUACUUUGUCAAUACUGUUAAUGCACUUUGCCUGACAAAAUGAUGCAUGCUUUCAAGAAGAAAAAAAAACUUAAAAAGGAAAAAAAAGAAAAGAAAAAAGAAGCACUGUUAUGUGGUAUCUGAGAAUGGUUUAUUUCUUGCUGUCGUCGGUUGCUUAUUUGAUUUAAAAUGCCUUUUCCUCCAUCAAAGAAAGAGCACAGUGUUGUUUUGCUUGGGGACCGGAGAGCCUGCUAUCAGGAUGACUGCGUGAGGAGAACUCUAUCUUACAGACUUUUGGAUAAACGGAAGCAGAAAGUUACUGGUCGUAGUAAACAUAUCGUAGACAAUCCUCCUCCUUUCUGCCAGGACCAGCCAGGAAGUUUGGCCCGCUCACUUUGUAAGUGAACGUAUGUUACAGGUGGACUCAAAUGUCACCCAGCUGUGCUACAACACAUUAAACGGUAAAGGUACCACUAUACUAACUGAAUUGGAAGCUAAGGUCAUUAAAUAUUAUUGAAACAGUGGUUCAGUAACCAGUGUAUGGUGCCCUACAGUGAUUUUUACAUUUAACAUAUGUCCACCUGCAAUGGCACAAAAAAUGGACAAUGUCACUAUCUGUGAAGAGAGAAAAAAAGAGUUCUUCCCUGACAAUGGGAUGUAAAAUUGACUAAACUAGCCUAAGUGGCCUGACCACACAGAGAAAAAUGGAGUCUAUGAGUACAGCACAUGAUUACUGUCAUAUAUGUUGGCGCAAUGUUGUAAAUAUGUUACAAAGAAAUG